GGUUUGAGUUAAUAGGUGCCUUGAGUUGACCGCCCGUCGUGCAAGAAUCCACUGCCCUCUUUUUAGUAUUAUAUAUAACUUGGAAUCCUUCGUUACAAAUACGUCAAAGCAUUCAUCUUUAGUACAAGAAUUCCAUUGAAAUUGAAAUUCCCAUUUCUCAGAAGUGAGAGAGAGAGAGAGAGUUAGAGAGAGAAAGAUGGCAGUUGGGUUACUGGAGGUGAAUCUUGUGAGCGCAAAGGGCCUCGGAGACACCGAUUUAUUCACUCGCAUGGAUCCGUAUGUUGUGAUGCAAUACAAAGGCCAAGAGAAAAAGAGCAGCGUCGCGAGAGAACAAGGAAGUAAUCCGGAGUGGAACGAGAAAUUUACAUUCAGGGCAGAAUAUCCAGGGUCGGGGGAGCAGUAUAAGAUCACCCUCAAAAUCAUGGACAAAGACACCUUCACUUCUGAUGACUACAUCGGCCAAGCAACGAUAUAUGUGAAGGAUUUAUUGGCACAGGGAGUGCAGAAUGGAACUGCAGAGUUACAUCCUCUUAAAUAUAGCGUUGUUCGCGCUGAUAAUACUUAUCGUGGGGAGAUUAAAGUUGGUCUAACUUUCACUCGGAGGGUAGAACAGGAUUAUGGGGGACAAACGUUUGGAGGAUGGAAGCAUAGUGCUGCACAUCAAUAGAGAAACAAUACUUCCGCCGAUGGGAUUGCAUAGCAAGGUAGAGUUUCAGCUUGAAUCUGGGCUGACUCCCGAUCCGUGGGACUCACGAUGACCGUAGUUAAGCUCCUUUAGAGAGGAUUUUGGGGCAUAGCAAGGGCUGGUGUUGCUAUGCCUAGGCUUAUUUCCACUUUAGUAUUUGUUUGUUGUGGGGUCUUGAGCCUCCUUGUGAUCUCUCAAAUUCAUAGGUUUGGAAGCAGAACUUAUCGAGUAUUAUGUCAUUUCUCUUUUUUUGGUUGGUUGUACUCUGUAAUCUGUUUGUAGAUGAAUAGAAUUAUGUUUGAAAUUAAAUUUUCGAUGACCCUA